AGUCGAGGCAAGUCGCCGACUGAUCGCCGCAGGAAUGUGACGGUGUCUGGAGUUAAAUGUCUCAGUCUCUCAAUAUGACCUUAUUUCUCCCAGAAUGACCAACAAGAACAAAUGUGCUAAGAAGCCGAGGCUGCGAUAUCUGGACUUGUCUUUUGAAGGACGUGACCAGGCUCAGCGCGCCGGCAUCAGCAACGGGAGACGACCCCACGGCGGCUACAAAGGAUGUACGAAACAUCCACCCACGCCCACAUCACAGGACAAGAACCGGGAUUACCACCGGAAGCUGCGUGCGGAGAUCGACCAGCUGUUUGAGGAGGAGUUUCUUGAGGUCCAUGGAUCACCGACAUGGAGCGUGGAGGCCAGCAAAGAAGUUACUCACAGCGGGGAGUCUCCGCUCUUCUUGCACAAAUUUAUGUCCCCCUCAAAGGAGGAGCAUCAGUAUAUACGACUCAGCAAGUCAGCAGUCUUGAACCCCAACAAGUGUCAGCCGCCCCUAUCACGGGACGGCGUGACGUACUACCGACCGAACAGAACCCACCAAUAUCUCACUGCCACAGAACUGAAGGACCAGAGCCAAAACGAGGUCAACUUGAAAUAUGGCCGACCUACCAGAACGACACUGCUCCGUGCGAGACAACGAACAAAUUCAGCACCCGUCAAUUCCUAUGAAAUCCGACGAGAAAUUAUGAAACGGGAGGGUGAGAUUCGAAUAGGUUCUGCAUACACAAACCCCAAAGAGUUUCUUCAAGAACUCCACGCAACCAACGGCGAGUCUUUCCAUUCCUUCAUAACCGGAGCACGCUACAACAGGGCGCACUGCCUGGAUUCUAAGAGCUUGACGAGGUAUGGAGUCUACAUGCCCAGGACCAAUCCUACAGCGUGUUUUGUCACCGGGACUCACAAGCUGAAAGAUGUAUUCGAAACUCCUUGUGCACCUCCAGACUCGCCCCGCUCUGACAUCGAUGAAGUGUCCUCACCUGUGACUCCCCGACGACCAACGACAGCUCCCGGAUACGGCCGAAGACCAACUCCGGCUACCAGCCAACCAAAACAGGCGUGGGGCGACAGCAAUGGGACCGAGGCUAACAAACAUGGCGACGGGAGGGUUUAUGAAGAGUUGAUAUUCUGGCCAAGUGGAUUAAACGUGAAAGGUCGUGGAAUGGGUGUCACUCUGAACCGAGCUAACAGCAUGCCAAAGCUGAAUUCCCGAUUACCGUCCGUGCAAGGAAUCUCGAUGGAGCGGAUCCGGAAGUCACGUGAUCCUGUGGAGGAAACAUCAGUGAUCAACCAACCUCCUCCAACGCCAAAUGUCAUGUCGGCCAAGGACGGAGCGGAUAAAUCAAAUCACACGGCAGAAGAGAAGGUCAAGGACGACGAGGAACCACGUAAGGAGCCGGUGAUGAAGCCACGGAAACCGAAGCCGAUUUUGGUCGACAGAUCUGUCAAUGUACCAUCGGUAUCUGGUGAUUCAAAUCACUGGAAUGAUGAUCUGCUUAUCAUCAGCUCACCAGCAGUUCCUCCUACAAGAUCGCAACCUGCGAGUGUUAAAACUGUCACUAUCCUAGGGGAGACAGAGGAAAUCAAAGAGGAAAUCAUUGAAAAUCCAACGAAAGAACGUACAGAGGAGCAGGACACACAAUGUGAAGAAGCAAUGGCUGACGAGGAACGAAUGGUAUCUAAAGACUUUGAUAUUGAACUCCCAAGCGUAACGGAUGGAGCUUCAAUGGAACCCCUGCAGAUGAGUGAGCAAGGCACGUCACCAAGCGUCGACGAAGGCGUUGAAGUUCCGACAACACCUUCCAAGGAAGAGGUUGGUCAGGAAAGUAGUUCCCCAGAAACCGAUCCCAUCAAUGACCCAAGUGUUGCGUUCUUCUUAACAGAGAAGGGUCAGAACAGAAAAGGCCCGGAUGGGGAUUGUGACGUCAUGAACACUACGGGCGAAACGCAGGAUGCAGGGCCAGUGUUGGGUAACGCUACAAGCAUGGAUAUACCUACUCUGACAGUUGAAGAAGCGUCGGUUAGUGAUGAAAAUGACUCAGAACACGACGUAAGAGCAAAUAGUGCAGCGGAAGAAUCCGCGUCAAGGGAAGAUAACUCUGCUGCACAGACAGCUGAUGAUGAUGUGAGCAUUCCACAAGCUUGAUUCAAGAUAUGUAUCAGCAUUAUUCCAGCAUUAUUCCAGCAUUACUACAGCAUUUCCGUGUCAGCAUUACUGCGUGUUACGUCACGUUAAACUGUCUACCAACAACGUUUACAAUGUAUCAAAAAAUAUUCAUUGGUCAUUAAUAUUCAUUAGAUCAUUGAAUAUUAUACGGCAUUAAUUAUAUUUUGUAGUUAUAAAAAUCAUGUUUUCGUGCUGUGAGAUAUAAUAAUGUGUUGAAUGUUUUACCUAUGAAAUAGGUCACUUCCAUGCCGUUUUAAUAUGUUUAGAAUCAUACGAAAUGUAUUUUCUAGCUAUUGUAAAACGAAAGAGCAGUCAGGUUAGUUAUUAUGAUUGUCUUUUUCUUCAUCUAAAACAAUAUAGCCAACAUCUUAGCUCCAUCAAACUGAUUCAAAUACCAUUUAUUUCCCUUGUGUUUCACACUGAUGACUUGUAUUUACGUGGCUCGGGCCAAUCGCAAGUUGGUGAGGUCUAUUCGCUAUAUAAAAAUGCAAUUAUCUCAAAUCAUGAUAUGUAUAGCAAUUAACAAUUACCAGAUUUACCAAGAGGGGUGAAAUAGAAUUACAUAGGACUCUUAAUUACAACGUCAAGUGGUUAACUGACCUACCAACAUACAGAAAGCGGAAAGAUCUGUUUCAAGAUGGAAACUGCACCUUGAAAACCACUGAACCACUGAACUAUAUUUGCAACGUUUCUUAGUUCAAGAUCACGAUCGCAUCAUCCAGACUAAAAAUCAUACAAUAGUCAGCGUUUGAGAGGGUAGUAAAAUAUAUGUUGCAAACAGUCACAAAACAUGUAAUUAGAUAUUGUCAACGGUUUUUUGUAUUUGAAACAAGAAUGUCACUUAGUGUUCCAAAAAGAAGGAUACUAUAUGUUAAGUGCCGUCUCAGAGUGGAAAUACAUGUAUAUAAUAUGAU